UUACCUUUGAAGACAUUGGAAACCUCAUAAAGCAAAAAGAAAUUGCCAACAAUGUCAUUGAUGGCUAUGGAGAGAUCCUUUUGGCUGACCAAAUCAGAGAGAAACAACAACCAACCUCAUUUUUUUUCACAUCCAUGUGCUUAAAUUUCAUCAACAUGACAGAAAAUCAAAGUUUUCGAGUGUCCUUAUUUGACAAGCAUAUUGAAACAGCAUGGAGGAACUAUAGGUUCCUCCAUUUCCCAAUAAAUACUGGAGGUAAUGAGAAGUCCACACAUGGAAAUCACUGGACCUUGCUUGUCCUGGACAAACAAGACAAUUUAUGGAGGUUCUACAACUCACUGAGGCCAAGGAGGGAUGAUGCAGAAGACAAAUAUGUCAAAGAUGCAAAACAAUUGCAAGAUUACGUGGAGAAUUUUCUGAAAGCUUGUCUUGAAAGAGACGCUCAAUCACAACCCUCUUUCAAAUUAAUUAACUCACAAAACACAAGUUAUGACUUUGAGUAUGUCAACAAUGCUCCACAACAAGAAAGCGAUUCUCUGGAUUGUGGCCUCUUCGUCUGCUAUAUAAUGAAACAAUAUAGCAAGCAUGAACCUAUCAAAUCCAAAUUAUCCACACAAGAGAUAAGGUUGAUGAGGGCAGAACUCAUAGAGAGAUUUGUGACCGAAGUUGGCAGGUCAUGGACUGAACCAAUUGAAAUACCCCCAGAAGAACCACAAAUGUAAUAGUGAAACUAGUGAAAGGAAGACAAUGUACAUAUCCACACAGAGAAAAUUGUCUCACAUAUAUGUAUAUAUCAUUUCUUGUUGAUACAUUGAACGAAUGAUGAUCCUUAACAUAUAUGUAUAUAUCCUUUCUUGACUAA